GAUGAAGACGCGAAGGACAAACAAGUGACUCACUUGAAUGGACUCGCUUCAGACAAGAGAAACCUGUAAUUUCUCUUAGGCGUGCUUGACAGACCCACUGUGGGGUGAAUCAUAGCCUCACACAAGCCUUGAGGCUGUGGGCCGCUCUGCAGUGGCCAGAUUGGCUUCUCAUUAUCAGGCAGUUGCUUCUCACUCGGGCCUCCAGGACUGCCUUUUCAAAAGAUGGAGAUGGGUCACCGUCACUGAAGGGGGCUGGAGAGUUUCGGUGUGGACCCGUGAUGGUGGGGCACCAUGGUAGGCAGUUCAGUGCUGACUUUCCUGCCAGGUGACUGCCGGUCUCUGAGCUGCUAGACCUACUUCCUGAGUGCGUUCAAGUCUUCAUGUGUGAAAAUGAAGCUCCAGGUCACCAUUGUUUGCUGUCUAGUGUUUUUUCUGACCACAGAAUGUUUUCACUUUAAACCCCAAAAAGAUAAAGAUGAACUUCAAAUACCUCCAUGGAAGCGUACGUUUAGUCAUAUACAAGAUAAAUGCAACGGAUCUUGCAUCUCACCUUCCAAAUGUAACCAGAGCUGUGAUCUGAAUUUCCAUGGAGAAAUAGUAUUCACUUGUAAUCAAAACAAAUGGCAAAAAACAAUUGAAACAUGCACAAGCCUCUCUCUGGACACCCUGUUUCAGGGCAUGAAUCCUCCACCUAGCCUUUCUGUGGCAUCGUCCUCUGUUUUUCCCAUGAACUUAGUAAGCGACACGGUGGUAUCAGUCCGCACCGGGAACCUAUUUCAGAGAAUCCACAAGUCCUGCCCUGAGGACUACGUCUGCAUAGUUAAUGCUGUGAAAUCCUCUAAAGUUACUUCUGGAAAUAUUGCGUUCAUAGUAGAGGUAUUAAAAAAUAUCUCUGCAGGCUUGCAAACCUAUAAUGGAAUACAUGGCGACGUGACUCGCGAGAAAAUGAAGAACUAUGGAAAAAUGGCCAACCACAUCCUUAACAAGACUGCCAUUUCAAAUUGGACUUUCAUUCCUAAUAAAAAUGCCAGCUCAGAUUUGUUGGAGUCAGUGAACUCCUUUGCCAAGAGACUCCAAAUCCACGGUGAAUCUGAGAACAUUGUAAACGAAACCUUCUUUCAAUCGAAAGGCGCUCGCAUCUCUCACAGUACCUCAGAGAACAGUUUCAACCUCUCCAUGCCUGUGCACAGUGACAAAGAAGAUGUCUUAGUAAUGAUAGCAAUUCCCAGACAAGCACUACGCGAGCUGCCGUCCCCUGCCUCCCAAGUCAUUGCCAUAGCUUUUCCGACCUUGGGGACCAUUCUGAAAGAAGUCCAUGGCCUGAAUACGAAUCUCUCAAAGCCCGUAAGUGGUCUGAUCCUGUCCCUGGUUUUGCCAGAAGAUCUGAAAGAAGUCAUACUCACCUUUGAAAAAAUCAAUAAAUCCCAGAGCACUAGCAUCCAGUGUGUCCGCUGGCACUCUGAGAAGAGGCAGUGGGAUGAGAGCCCGUGUAGUACAGUGUUGGAGACCAACGGCACAGUGAAGUGUCUCUGUAACUACAGCAGAGCUUCGAUGUCUUUCUCCCUUCUCAUGUCAUCCAAGCCUGUGAAGGACAAGGUUCUGAACUAUAUCACCUUCAUUGGGCUCAGCGUCUCCAUCUUUAGCUUGGUGCUCUGCUUGGCCAUCGAAGCUGUGGUUUGGUCCCGGGUGGUCGUAACAGAGAUAUCGUACAUGCGCCACGUGUGCAUCGUGAACAUUGCAGUGUCCCUCCUGACUGCGAACGUGUGGUUCAUCAUUGGCUCCAACGCAAAUGUCCUGGAGGACCACAAGUGGUGUGUGGCUGUGACAUUUUUCAGCCACUUUUUUUUCCUCUCUCUGUUCUUCUGGAUGCUCUUCAAAGCACUGCUCAUAGUCUAUGGAAUACUGGUUGUUUUCCGAAGGAUGAUGAAGUCUCGUAUGAUGGCCAUUGGCUUUGUCGUUGGAUAUGGGUGUCCCCUGGUGAUUGCUGUCGUUACAGUUACCGUCACAGAGCCUGGAGAAGGCUACAUCAGAAAAGAUGCCUGUUGGCUUAACUGGAACCAGACCAAAGCCCUUUUUGCAUUUGCCAUCCCAGCCUUGGCCAUUGUGGCCGUGAAUUUCCUUGUGGUGCUGGCAGUUGCUGUGAAUACACAGAGGCCUCUGAUUGGCAGUUCAAAAUCUCAGGACAUGGCCAUAGUUAUCAGGAUCAGCAAAAAUGUUGCCAUCCUCACCCCGCUGCUAGGACUGACCUGGGGUUUUGGUCUAGCAACCUUGCUAGAAGGCACACACCUGGUGUUCCAUGUAAUCUUUGCCUUGCUCAAUGCUUUCCAGGGCUUCUUCAUCUUGCUGUUUGGCACGAUUAUGGAUCGCAAGAUAAGGGAUGCUCUGAGGAUGAGAGUGUCUUCACUGAAGGGGAAGUCAAGGGCAGUAGAGAAGGCAUCCUUAAGCCCAGCCAAUGGAUCCAAAGUGCUGAACCACUGAGACAAAACUAUUGCUUAUUCCUCAGAGAUGUCUUGCUUGCAGGGAUGGAGAAGGGCUCCACGAGAAGGAACGAAGAGUUGGAACGAAGCGACAUCCUCUUCCAGCCGGGAGCACUGCCUCAGUUGGAAGUCUAGCUGAGGCUCACAGUGGGCUUUUCAAAAGACUGAGCCGCUAGCUCUGAUCUAACAAAGACCGGGUUUUUGUUCACCUUGUCAAGAUUCACAAUCCAUCUGCAAGGCAUUGUACGGUCUCCUUGCGAGCCCCUGGCUGGCGGGCAGGCUGUGGAGUUGUCUGCUUUCACUCCCCAGGAUGCUCUGUGGCUCUGGACCCAGACACCCUCCCACUGAGGAGAUCCUUGGUGUCUGGAGGACUCAGGUCAGAUUCAGUGACGGUGGUAGGGUUGGAGGUCAAAUGUGAAGGGUACUGUAUCUACUUUGCCGUCUGUCCAUGAUAGGUUUCCCUCAAAUAGGAAAGGAACAUCGGGUGGGUGUUCUAUGUGCUUAUUAUUUUAAUCCUUGAGUAAAACAACCUGGCUUGUAGGAUCUUAGUUUUUUCAUUUGUGAGACAGACACAUUGCUGUUACAGGCCUUACUAUUUAUAUGUGUAUAUGUUUCUGAUUGUUUCUUUUUAAACAACUGUAAAUAAAGAAAAUUUUGGGUGUUAUUUUAGAAAUAAAAAUGAG